AUGUCAGCACCGAAAGACACAACGGGGCACCAGAACCCCCCCUGCCCCAAAGGUGUUUUCGACCUAGAGAACAAGGUUGGGCUUUUCUGUAAGAGGCUCUACACUUUCCAGAAAAGGGACAUGAUGCUCAUGUGCAAUGUCCGCAAUACCCUGAAGGUCUGGGAUGCUGACGACUGGAUUCCCAACUGUCUCAACAAAGACCAACUUUGUUCUAUCGUCGAUCAACGGCCGAUAGACCUCAGCAUCGGAACUAUCACUCCACGUCAGCAAAAGAUUGAUCCUAAGAUUGAAAAAGAAGCUGUGAGCGAGGUUGCUGACUACAUUGGGCAACAUUCGAGAUCCAGCGUUGAGGCAUACGGGUUCUCGGAUUUCGACCAAUCUGGCUUCAGCCAAACUGCCUGUUUUAACUUCGGUAGCGUCGCAACAAAGUCUUUGGCAUUUCCAGUAGUCAAAUCUAUCGAUAUGACUUCGUUCCAGCCUCCAGCGUAUCCACUGGAAUUUAUUGCACAUAAAGUUGCCUUGGCAAAGAACUCCUACCAUGACGCCGAAACCGCAACUUUGAUCGGUCUUGCAGGAGUUGUCAUUGCAUUGAUUUACUGGUUAUCGAGCCAUUCUAGGCAAACAUACGUAAAAGGCGUUCCGUUUGUCGGUGGAAGCGACGAAGACGCCAUCAAGAAGAACCGGAUCCGGUUCGUGAACGAUAGCAAGAAUAUGUUACUAGAGGGCUAUAAGCAGGCAAACCGCGGACUGUACUAUGUUCCCAGCAAAUUGGGAGAGCGUCUGAUGAUUCCUGUCAAAUACCUGGAAGAUUUGAAGUCAGCACCAGUAAACGAGGUUGAUUUCGUGGCCACAUUCAUUGAGGUCAGCGAGUUCGCCCGAUGGUUUACUCGGCCCGCAGCUGAUUGGACUACAGAUGUUCGAAGGCAAAUACACGACGAUGGGCAGCCGCUCAACUCUCCAUCCCCGCGUCGUCAGAGGGCAGCUGAAUCGAAACUUGUGACGAGAUCAAAGACGCUUUUGAAGAUUCUUUCCCUCCCUGUCAUGGUAAGAGCAUUGUUCUUUUCUCGUUUGCUGCAAUCAACUCGAGGAAGGUUUCCUGACACGAUCAUUCAAGACUGGACCGAGGUGGACGUAGUCGACCGAAUCACACAAAUCGUGGCCCGCGUGUCAAGUCGCAUGUUUGGCGGCACUACCCUUAGCCGCAACAAAGAAUGGAUUCAAUCAUCCAUCGACUUCGCAACAGACGGGUUCAUUGGCGCUCAGGCCCUCAAGCAGUAUCCUGAAUUUCUCAAACCGGUUAUCGCCCGCUUUAUUCCAGCUAUCCAGAAUAUCAAGAGCCACUAUGCUGCCGCAGAGAGGGCCGCGAUCCCCCUUCUCAAAGAGCGUGCGGCUAAUGGCACUGCUGCGCCUGACCUACUCUACUGGAUGGCGGAGGACGCCAAGGGAGACGAAAAAGACCUGGCCGUCCUCGCCAGUAUUCUCCUGAAAGUUAGCUUUGCUGCAAUCCAUACGAGUGCAGCAGCACCUACGCAACUGUUGUAUGAUCUCUGCGAUAUGCCCGGAUACAUAGAGCCACUCAGGAGAGAAAUUGACCAAAAUCUCGAUGGAAAUGGAUUGCUCGGCCGCCAGGGAUUUCAGGGAUUGACCAAGUUGGAUAGUAUCAUGAAAGAAAGCCAACGGUUCAAUCCCUUGCUUCUCAUCACAUUUGAGAGAGUCAUCACAGUAGACUACACUCUUCCCGACGGCCUAAAGAUUCCCGCCCACACAACUAUCGGCGUACCCGCCCACGCCAUCUCAAUGGACCCCGAGAUCUUUCCUGAACCUGAAAAGUUCAAAGGCUUCCGUUUUGACGAGUCAGCUCCAAAGACGUCUCCAGACUCUCUGAAUGAAAAGGCAAAGUCCUCGGUGGCUUUUGCUGCUGCCCAUCCCGCAAGCAUGGCCUUUGGAUACGGGCGGCACGCGUGUCCUGGCCGCUUUUUCGCUUCGGCCGAAAUCAAGGCAAUCAUGGUUUAUCUUCUAAGAAAUUACGACUUCAAGUUCCCAGACAACCAGGCUGGAAGACCUCCCAGCUUGAUUUUCGAGACGCAGAACCUGCCUAACUCCGCUGGUCGUAUCAUGUUCAAGAGGAGAUGA